GCCUGGUUCCUCCCGUGUCAUAAAACAGCCUCACUUCCUCUUAUUUGUUUGUCUCUGCUGCAGCUUCCUGCUUUCUGCCCGUCCGUCACACUCUGGAAAAUAGAUUGACAGAGUGUUUGAUAAUCUUCUCUGGAGCUUUCCUUCAGCACGCUGAGCUGCAGGAAGCUGAUGUGGGAUGGCAGAAACCGACCUGAUGUCUGCAGCUUCUGUUCUCACCACGAAGCAGCUGCAGCAGAAAUUGUCAUCAGAGAAGAAGAGCGAGCGUCCGGUCCUCCUGCUGUUUGAGAUCCCGUCCGCUCGAGUUGUUGAGAACCAGCUGUCCAAAUACGUGGUGUAUGAGGUGGUGGUGAUGUUGUCGGGCAGUUUUGAUUCCCGCCGUGUGUCCGUGGAGCGCCGUUACUCCGACUUCCUGCGGCUGCAGCGCCUCCUCCUGCAGGAGUUCGACUCGGCGCUGGAAGACGUGUCGCCCCCCCCCAAACUCCUGAGCGGGAACUUCUGCACCGCCGUGCUGUUGCAGCGCCGCCUUGCCCUGCAGGACUACCUGGCCAAACUCUUCUCGACACGCUGCGUCCGCCGCUCGCCUCUGUUCGCUGCCUUCUUCACGGACGCCGAGCAGCGGGGGGCGCUGGUGCUGCUGCGGGGGGGGCAGUUCAGCCUGGCGCUGAGGCAGCUAGAAGACGUGUUAGCGCUGCAGUGCUUGUGUUGCAGGAGAAGUUGCAGUGCUGGCAGAGUCCCGCCCUCCGCCUGCCAACGCUCUGCGCCCUGGCUGUCUGUCACUGCGACCUGCAGCAGCAUCAGGAGGCGUUGGAUGCGGCUCAGAGGGCGCUGCCUGUUGCCCGGCGCUGCGGCCUGCGUAGCCACCGGGCGGCUCUGCUGCGCCUCCUGAUGGACCUGAGCUACCGGCUGGGGCUGCCCGGGGCCCGCCUGCAGGACGAGCUGCAGGGUCUGCAGGACCAACCCCCCGCCCUGAAAUACGACCCCCCCACCCUGAAGGAGCUGGUCAUCCAACAGUUCACCUGAGGGGCCAAACAUGUGAGACGAGAUACAGAGCGAAGGAGUCCUCAACAAGACUCAGCAUUAUGAGUCCUAAACCCUGACAUGAGUCAGCAUUAUGAGUCCUGAACCCUGACAUGAGUCAGCAUUAUGUGUCCUGAACCCUGACAUGAGUCAGCAUUAUGAGUCCUAAACCCUGACAUGAGUCAGCAUUAUGAGUCCUAAACCCUGACAUGAGUCAGCAUUAUGAGACCUGAACCCUGACAUGAGUCAGCAUUAUGAGUCCUAAACCCUGACAUGAGUGAGCAUUAUGAGUCCUAAACCCUGACAUGAGUCAGCAUUAUGAGUCCUAAACCCUGACAUGAGUGAGCAUUAUGAGUCCUAAACCCUGACAUGAGUCAGCAUUAUGAGUCUUAAACCGGACAUGACUCAGCAUUUCCUUACUUCCUGUCCCCUGGUCUGGAGGUCAAUGAUUCUCUGCAUGCAUUUUUGUUCACCCUUAAAUAAGGUCUCGGGUCAACACAAACUGAAGAGACUUUAACUUUUUGUUCGAGCACAUAAAACAAGUCUACGUGUAUCUGUUUAUUUAUUAUCAUAUAUCGUUACUUGUUUUAUACACAGACUUUGUCUGAUGUGUAGGAGCCAAAAUGUUGAUUUAUUAUUUUUGAUUAUUUAAUCAUUUCAUUUAUGUAAUGGAGUAGGUCAUUGAUUGGUGUGAGUUGAUCGUGACCCGCACACGCGGUUGGGCGGAGCGGCUGAUUGGUGCUGCGAUUGCCUCAGCUGGUUAAAAGAGUCCUGCUGAUUAUACUCUGUGUUCUAUUUUGGUUGUGAAGCCACACAUUUUUUUGACCGCUGCACUGCAGAGAAAUGACGAUUUGUUUAUUUUAUGUCACGAAACAGUUUUAACAUCGUCUGGUAAGAUACCUUCAUUUGUGUUUAAAGAAGAGAACGAACAGUGAAGAAAUGGAAACGAUAACAUGGAAAUAAAUGUACCAAAAACAAAAUAUAUAUCUCUGAAUGAUGUGUGAGGGCGUCGGCCAGGCGUUAAACCAAAGAACAGGAAAGAGCUAAAGGAAGUGGGAAAAGAUUGCUCUUUUAUGAUGUUUAACUGUUUCUGCACUGUGGAUAGAGACAGAGGAGUUAUACACACUUUUAAAUACUGUACAUAUACUGUCUAUGUUGGAGUGUGUGUACCGCUUUGAUGUUUUUCAAAUAAAUGUUUGAAUAAUU